AUGCCCGCUGCGGCGCUGCCGCCUGAGAGCUUCAAAAUCGACGCGACCCGUGCGCUCACCGCCGAGCCCCGCAGCAGCAGCCCGCACGCACGCUCCUCGCCGCUACCGGCCGCUGCGAGCCGCGCCGUCACACGUGCUCGCCGGAUCCGCGGCCGCUGCCGUGCUCGUUGCUGCCCCGGCGGCCCCACCGCGCGGCCUCUCCCCGUGCUGGGCCUCGACGUCGACGGUGCCUCUGCGCCUCGGCUGCCCCACGCUGCUGCAGCUGCAGCGCUACCGAGCACCCCGGUUCCACCUCCCCCCCCCCCCCCCCCCUUCCCGGCUGCCCAUCCACGCCGGCGCCGCCACCGGCUCCUCCACACCGCCGCGCCCCCUCUACAGCUCCACUCCGCCGCCCGGCCGCGGCUCCUCCGUCCGCCGCCACGCCGGCGCGCCCCCUGCAAGAACUGGGGCGUUGCCGCCAGUCGUACCUGGCCUCCUCCUCCUCAUGCUCCUCGCCGUGGCACCGCCACCUGCGGCUUCCGCGGUGGGCUUGAACUGGGGCUCCGCGUCCUCUCACCCGCUCCCGGCGGCGCGGGUCGUGCAGGGCCUGCUCCUCCCCAACUCCGCCUCGCCGCCACCUCCUACGACGCGCUCGCGGGCACGGCGUCGCCGUCACUGUCGGGGUCCCGACACGCUGCUCCUCUUCUGUUCGCCGCCCCACCAGGGUCCGCCACGCCUCUUCCGUUCGCCGCCACGCCUCCUCCGUUCGCGGCCGCGCUGGUAGACGUCGACCUCUGGCCACUGCUGUGCCGGCCGCGCAGCUGCCAAGCUCGCCCCUACGGCGUCGUCGAGCGUACCGAAAACGGUAACAUCAAUUCUCUCAUUCACUGCAUUGAGCUCAGCUGCUGGUGUGUACUAAUUCUUUUUCAAAAGGGCUUGCUCUUCUACAAAAAGUUUUUUUACAAGAGAACUACAUUGGAGCAACUACAUUGCUGGAGCUGUACGCACGUGCUCCUGAAGAAUAGGCCAAGGAGCUCAUCGCCCAACUUGCAGAUUUCCAGGAGUGACCUCGAUGGGAUAAAGAAAGACCAUAUUGAUUAAUAUGCAGUUUUCAAGGUACUGUAAAUAUUCUAUACGUUAUCACUAUUCCAUGAUGUAAUGAAUGGAGAAGCUGGGAGGUAGUUUUGUCAAGCUCGUUAAACAUGUUUAACAUUUUUCCAGGAACAGACCGUAAUUGAUAGUUAUAACUUGCUUUGUGGGCAUUCAUGAUUUAUACAUACUAACAACCCGUGACAUCUCUUUGAUCCCCUCAAGGCCUCAAAUGUGCAUCCCAAGCAUUGUUCUCCAAACGGGAGUGAAGCAUGUGUGUGGGUGAAGAUUACUAUAUGAAGAGUUCUCUGAAACUUGUCAUUUGUACCACUGAGGACCCCCCCCCCCUCCCUCCCCCCCCCCCCCCCCCAAAUUGCAAUUUAGUAUGUUUUAGUAUGUACUGAUUCACACAACUCAGAAGGGUUGGGCAAUAUGAUGCUUUUCAAGAAAGUGGUACUAGGCAGCCACCCAAUAAAAGAGGAAAUGUACUCAAGUCUGUUGCGUAUCAGAACUGUAUAAUUUUGAUUUUUUUACUAACUGUUUCUGUGAUUUAAUAGGCAUAGCUGCUGAAAUUAAGUUCUUGCUGAGGUAUAAGAGAUAGUAUGGUGUUCUGAUUUCUUAUAGUUUUCAGAAAAGUUCAUCAGCAUUGUGCUUGACUCAUGGACUAUCUUGUAGUAUUACAUGUUCAUACUUUUAUUGCAUAAUAUUUCAUCUC